GCUCCUCACUGCCGCCUGCCUGCCAGCCGCUCCCACCGCCCGCGGACAACAUCCCAACGAGUGAACAUCCAAACUCAGUCAGUCGACUUUCUGCCUUCCCGCUCCACACUCAUCCCCGUUUAUUCCUCUGUGCAGCAGCAGGACUCACACCGUAAGCUCGCUCCUCUCUGUAGCCGCUCGCGUACCAUCGUCAGUCGGCCACUUGGUGCCUCACAGACCCGUACCUCCUCCCCGCACCUACCAUUACUACCUCGCUUUCCCCGACUUCUUAGCCGGAAACCGGUGUGCGAUGGCGGUUGAGGCGAGCGCUUGAGCGCGGCUCCCACAGGUGUGUCUGAGCUCCAGGAAGCACACCUGGCUGGAGUGACCAUGGGCGUGGAAGAACAUUGACCAGGAAGAUUUUUCAAAUUGUUGAAGACUUUUUUUCACCCCCUUCCUCAUCUUUCCCCUGCGCUUUACUACCGUCUUGCCUUCCUGGUUGGAGCUAGUCUGCAGCGGAAUAGUGCCUUUCGGAAAGGAGGAUGUGAACUUGCUUCUUCUUCAGUUCCUGGACUGUUCCCUUGCCUUUCUCACAGGUGUGCCUUGCAAUCGCACUCCACCCCUCGGGGAGAGACUAGACUCCCGGAUGGAUGCAAAAGCAGACGUCUGAAGAAACCUGAGAAGCAGAGAACCUCUGGUUAAUUCAUCUUCUUCCUGGAGUCUGAAGUUUCUAUCUUACAGUCGGGGUUCUUCAUGAAGCCGGGGGUCAGUGGUGGUGUCCAACUAAUUGGCUAAGUUAGCCCGAGGCUGUCGGCUCGUGAUUGACGUUUCACGUCAAGGAGGUUUCCUUCUCCACACCAACAGCACCAUCUUCCCCAGAUUUUAUAAAGACGCCCCUCUACCGAGUGCUCCGCCCACCUCCUCAAAGAGACACAGCCUGCUGGACCUUGACCCCGCCCAUCUCCACCUUCCUGCCGGUGAGAACACUUUGAAUGAGCCCGAGUUGAAAGCAGCCCUUGGGUGGUGAAAAGGCCAUGACAGAAAGAAAGAUGAAAGAAUGAGAGCCGACUGAGAGCGUGGUGGCAAAUUGCUUUUAUGAAUGACCUUUCCCGCACAUCCAAGGUUCUCUCCGCUAGGAUUCCAUCUAUUGUUGCUGAUGCCGAUGCCUUCUUGAAUUAAUCAUUACUUAUCAAGUGUCUGAGAUGGCCAGCUGGGUUUCCCUGCUUCUCUUCCUUGCCUGCCAGUGGACCUCCGGAGCCCAAGAGGCCAGCAAUGCCUUCCCAGAGUUCCCCUCAGAGACCCCCAUCAACAACGUGGUCCAGGACCCACGCACGGGCCGCGUGUACGCCGGAGCCGUCAACACCAUCUACCAACUGGGGCCGUCUCUGCGGCUGGAAGCCCGGGCGGAGACCGGUCCCAAAAAGGAUGCCAGGACGUGCACGCCACCGGCUUCGGCCUGCCAGGACACAAAGCUGAUGCCAAACAUUAACAAGCUGCUGCUGGUCCACCCGUCCAACGGUUCCCUCAUCGUGUGCGGGAGCCGCUACAGGGGCAUCUGCUCCUUACAGAACCUGUCCAAUGUGGAGCAGCAGCUCUACUACAGCGACAACAAGGGCGAGAGGACUUACGUGGCCAGCAUCGAGGACAACGUCAACGUGGUGGGCGUCAUGUCCACCUUCAUCAAAGAGCAACACAAGUUGGACGUGUUCCUGGUGGGGAAAGGCUACGGCAGCCAGGACAGCACCAAGAUCAUCACCACAAGGAUUCUGCAGGACUUCCGGGAUUGGGUAGUGUUUGAAAGCAUCAUUGAGGCCUCCACCAUUCAGUCCAUGCCCUUCGGUCCGAGGUACCUACAUGACUUCAGGCACGCCUUCUCCGCUGACGGCUUCGUUUACUUCGUCUUCUCAAGGACUCUGGACGGCAACGACAACAAGAACCUGACCUUCGUGUCCCGUCUGUGCGAGAAUGACCACCAUCUGUACUCGCACACGGAGCUGCAGCUUAAAUGCGGCCAAGAUAACCGAUAUAGCAAAGUGCACGCCGCCUACGUGGCGUCGCCCGGGAAAGAGCUGAGUCGGGUCAUGACAGAGUCUGGGGUGUACGAGAAGGUGCACCCGGGGAAUAAAGUUCUUUUUCUGGUGGCCAGCUCCGAGGACGAGCACAGCGAGUCGGCUCUGUGCAUGUACACGCUCAGCGCCAUUAACGAGCGACUGGUGGACAUCAUCACCGCCUGCUACAGCGACUCUGGGAAGAUUUCAGGCUUCCCCGUCGUUGACAUCCCAUACUCCACCAAAACGGCGGAAUUCUGCACAUCGAAAAUUGCUAAAGACACGUUAGAACAGUACAAGUGCGGCGGUGACUUCCUGCCCACGCCUUUGGCCAGCAAGCCCAGAUUCGCCUUGAAGUCCAACGCGGCAUUGACCAAGCCCGGCCUUCUGACCGCCGUGGCCAUCGCCGUGGAGAACGAUCACACCGUUGCCUUCUUGGGGAACAACCAGGGAGAAGUCUUCAAGGUACACCUGACAUCCCAGCCAUAUGUGUACGGCAAGGCUCCUGGUGACACCUUGGGAGAGAAGGUCAACAAGAACCUUUUCUUCGACAUGGACCACAGCCACCUGUACAUCACCACUGAAAAAAAGAUCACCAAGGUGCCCGUGGAGACGUGCCUCCAGAAACAAGACUGCCAAUCAUGCGUGAAUAUGAGGGACCCUUACUGUGGCUGGUGUGUCAUGGAGGGCAGGUGCACCAGGAGGUCUGAGUGCCGGCGGGCAGAGGAGAAGAAUGGUUGGCUGUGGAGCCCCAGGCAGCAAUGUGUCAAGAUUGUCUCCUUCUACCCAUCCAGCCUCUCCUGGAAGAAGAGCCAGAAGGUGACGAUCAACAUCCCUUUGCUGCCCGCCAUCGGCCCUUCGGACCGUCUGCAGUGCUCCUUCAAGACCUUCCAGAGCGAGGGCGUCAUGUCGGAAUCCGGCCAGGUUUCCUGCGACCUGCCCCGCCCCUCGCAAAUACCCCAAACACCAGAAGACCAAGACUUCGUGGCCGUGCCUGUGAGCAUUUUCGUCAACAAGACGGUGGAGUUGGCCAUGCGUGACUACCAGUUCUACAACUGCGCCGCCACCGUGAAGAAGUCUGAAAACACGCCGUGCAUGUCAUGCGUGGCCAGUCCGUGGGGCUGCCAGUGGAACACACGUGACCACACGUGCAGCGACAUGGACGACGCCGUGCAGGACUCCAACGUCAUCAAGCACCGACAGGGAACAAAGUGUCCUCGGUUUGAGAAUCCUGACCCGAUGCUGAUCUCCGUGGGCCACAAGAGCGCAAUCGGCUUCGAGGGAAUCAAUUUGGCCCUUUACCAGGGGCGUAUCUUCACCAUCGGCACUGACCUCAUGCGGAACUUGGAAGAGGAGGUCAAGUUUGAGGGGGGCGGGUCUUUCUACAGCUUCAGCGGAUUUAAUUUUUCCUACAACAAGUCUCCGGAGACCAAUGUUGUUCUUUACGUGAAGGACAAGGAGCUGGGCAAGAAGAUGGACAGCACCCUAAAUGUAACCCUGUACAACUGCUCGGUGGGCAGAGAGGACUGCAGUUUGUGUAAGAACGCCGACUCCAAGUACACGUGUGUGUGGUGCCACAAACACAAGGCCUGUGUCUACGAGAAGCUGUGCACUCCCGAUGCCGCCAACGCAGAGUGUCCCGCCCCCAAAAUCACUGAUAUCCUCCCUCGCUAUGGUCCCCGAGAGGGUGGCAUCGCCGUCACCAUCCGCGGCUCCAAUCUGGGAAUCCGCAAGGAGGACAUUAAACGCAUCACUGUGGUUGGGGAGCCUUGUGUUCAUCAGCAGGACAAGUACUCUGUGUCCACCAGUGUGGUAUGUGUGAUCGGCCCCAUGACCCCCGGCAACGCGUUGUGGGGCCAAGUGGAUGUGGAAGUCAAAGGUGGAAAGAAAGGAACGUCCUCCAUGUUCUUCACCUACAGGGACCCGAUUCCUGAAGCGGUUACGCCGAGCCGAGGUCCAAAAGCUGGGGGGACCCUCAUUACCAUCACUGGAAGCUUUUUGGACACGGGCAGUAAGGAGGACAUCCAGAUCACUGUUGGAGGAGUGGGCUGCACUGUGGAGCACUUUGGAGAAGAAAUCACCUGCAGGACAGGAGAGUACCGAGCUGAUAAGGUGCCCUCUGAACUCCUCUCCAUCACCGUGAAGUAUGGGACGAGCACCUUGACCUCGGUCCCCAGUGCCUUCCAGUUCUUGGAGAACCCGACCGUGCUGGACCAUCAGCCCAAAGCAAGCUUUGUCUGCGGCGGCAGAAACAUCGUCGUGACCGGUUCUGGUUUUGACAUCAUUCAGCGAGCCGUCAUUAAUGUCCGGGCAGACAACGUGACAUCAUCUGAGGUGGCCCAUGAGAAGAGCGACACUGUCAUCCAUUUCCGCUCCCCGACGGUCAACGGAUCGCUGAGUCAGCACGCCAGGACGUACAUUCAGCUGGACAACUGGGAGAAGGAGCUGAAAAACUUUGACUACCACCAGGACCCCGUCUUCUACGAGCUUCCCAAGAGGCUCUUCACGGAGGCCAGCAUCAUCAUCGUCACUGGAAGAGGCUUCUCCAAAGCCAUGACGGCCAAAGAGGCUAAGGCCUUCGUGGGCGACGUCCCCUGCGUGGUCAACACUCUCCAGGACGACAAGCUCUUCCUGGACCCGCCCUCCACUCAGCCCAGCGCUCGCUCCCGGAGGCACCGCCGUGACACUCGACCCGAGUUGCUGGAUCUAAUGGUCCAGUUCGGGAAGGGGGAGUGGGUGGUGGGCUCGGUGCAGUACGAGAAGAAGAACGAUUUGUCGCUCUACAUCAUCAUCCCUGCUGUCAUCGUGCCAAUGCUGCUCAUCAUUGCUAUCUCCGUCUACUGCUACAGGAGGAAGAGUCAACAGGCGGAAAGAGAGUACGAGAAAGUCAAACACCAGCUGGAGAACCUGGAGGAGAGUGUGCGAGAUCGCUGCAAGAAAGAAUUCACAGACCUCAUGAUCGAAAUGGAGGACCACACAAACGAGCUGAGCGAGGGUCGGAUCCCCUUCCUGGACUACAAGACCUACACGGACCGCGUCUUCUUCCUGCCCUCCAAGGACGGCGCCAAUGACGUGAUGAUAACGGGCAAGCUGGACAUACCCGAGGCUCGGCGGGCCACCGUGAAUCAAGCUCUCAACCAGUUCUCCAACCUUCUCAACUCCAAGACUUUCCUCAUCAAUUUUAUCCGCACCCUGGAGCGCAGCAAUGACUUCAACGCCAGGGCCAAAGUCUACUUCGCCUCCCUGCUGACGGUGGCGCUCCACGGGAAGCUGGAGUACUACACGGAUAUAAUGAGGACACUGUUGCUGGAGCUCAUGGAGGAGUAUGUCCAUAGCAAAAACCCCAAGUUGAUGCUGCGACGGUCAGAGACGGUGGUAGAAAGGAUGCUGUGCAACUGGAUGUCAAUCUGUCUCUAUCAGUUCUUAAAGGACUCGGCAGGCGAGCCCUUGUACAAACUGUUCCGAGCCAUCAAGCACCAGAUCGAGAAAGGACCUGUGGACGCCCGUGUGAAGAAAGCCAAGUACACCUUGAACGACACAGGCCUGCUGGGCGACGACGUGGAGUACUCUGUCCUGACCCUGCAGGUGCUGGUGCACGGCGAGGGUCCAGAUGUGACGCCGGUCAAAGUUCUUAACUGCGACACCAUCUCGCAGGUAAAAGAGAAGAUCAUCGAUCAGGUGUACAGGAACCUGCCCUACUCCUCGCGGCCCAAAGUCGACAGUGUCACGCUGGAGUGGCGCCCCGGCACAACUGGGCAGAUUUUAUCCGAUCUGGACCUGACCUCCCAGAAAGAGGGCAGAUGGAAACGCAUCAACACCCUGGCUCAUUACAACGUAAGCGACAACGCCACACUAGUCCUGUCGCGGGUGCUCCACACGCAGCAGAACUACGAUCAGAACCAGGAGAACCACGAGGAGCGGAACGCUCUGCUGGAUGACGACAAGGUGUUCCACCUGGUGAGGCCCGCCGACGAGCUGGAUGAGAUCAAGUCCAAACGGGGCAGCAUCAAAGACAAGUCCAUGACCAAAGCCAUCACAGAGAUUUAUCUCACAAGACUGCUGUCUGUCAAGGGAACGCUACAGCAGUUUGUAGAUGACUUCUUCCGUAGUGUGCUGUGCUCCGGGGCGGUGGUGCCCCCGGCGGUCAAAUACUUCUUUGACUUCCUGGACGAGCAGGCGCUGAAGCACAACAACGUAGACGAAGAGACCAUCCACAUCUGGAAGACUAACAGCCUGCCGCUACGAUUUUGGGUGAACAUCCUCAAGAACCCCCACUUUACUUUUGAUGUCCACGUGUCGGAAGUGGUGGACGCUUCGCUCUCAGUCAUCGCCCAGACCUUCAUGGACGCCUGCACCAAGAGCGAGCACAAACUCAGUCGGGACUCCCCAAGUAACAAACUUCUCUAUGCAAAGGAGAUCUCCACCUACAAGAAGAUGGUGGACGAUUACUACAAGGGCAUCAGACAGAUGGUCCCCGUCAGUGACCAAGACAUGAACACUCAUCUGGCAGAGGUGUCACGGGCUCACACAGACAAGCUGAACACUCAAGUGGCUCUUCAUCAGCUGUAUCGGUACGCCAGCAAGUAUUACGACGGGAUCAUCUCCUCCCUGGAGGAGGACCCGGCAGCGCAGAGUAAGCAGCUGACCCUACGGCUGCAGCAGAUCGCAGCCGCCCUGGAAAACAAAGUGACGGCUCUCUAAUGUGGACAUGGGCCGAGUGCGAGCGAUUGCGGGAGCGGGGGCGAAAACACGGGAAAGACAUGCUGUGGUCGUUCCUGCAACACAGACAACAUUCCGACAAUAUUUUCUUGUGCGACGUAUCGCUGAGAUGCAAACAUAGAGCCGAUGACGUGUCACGCAACGCAAAGGUACGCCUUAGAGCUCACUUGCCAAACCUUAAAAGACUCAAGUCCGAAGUAAGCCCCUGUGUGACGCACUGGCGCAGGAGAUAAUCAGAUGUUCCGUUUCUUUUCCUGUGUAGAAGAGCUUUUGAGAAUUGUAUGAUAUAUUUUUUUUAAUUGUCUUUAUGCAGAAAGCUUUAUAAGGAAACACAAAAAAGAUGUUUUUAAAUGGAUGGCCUCGUGGUGUGAAUAGUGUUUUUAUUCGAUGUUGUGUGUGUGUGUGUGUGUGUGUGUGUGUGUGUGUGUGUGUGUGUGUGUGUGUGUGUGUGUGUGUGUGUGUGUGUGUGUGUGUGUGUGUGUGUGUGUGUGUGUGUGUGCGCCUAGGCGUGAGGUCUAGUAGACCAAAGUGUCCUCACGUGAGGACAUCAUGUACAGGCUGAUUGACGUGAAUGAAUAUGGCUAUAUUUGUAUUUUCAAGCCGUGUGCUGGCGCUUGUGGAAAACCACUAAGAGCACAAGAGUCUGUCUCCCUUUAUACAAAACCCAAAACCAGUGAAGUUGGCAUGUUUGUGUAAUUCGUAAAUAAAAAGAGAAUACAAUGAUUUGCAAAGCCUUUUUAACUUGUAUUCAAUUAAAUAGACUGUACCGACAAGAUAUUUAGUGUUCAAACUGAGAAUGUACAUGUUUUUUUUGCAAAUCAUUAACUUAAAAUUUAAUGGCAGCAACCCAUUGCAAAAAAGUUGGCACAGGGGCAUUUUUACCACUGUGCUACAUGGCCUUUCCUUUUAACAACACUAUGUAAACAUUUGGGAACUGAGGAGACCAUUUUUUAAAGCUUUUCAGGUGCAAUUCCUUCCCAUUCUUGCUUAAUGUACAGCUUAAGUUGUUCAACAGUCCGUGGUCUCUGUUAUGGUAUUUGACACUUUAUAAUGUGCCACACAUUUUCAAUGGGAGACAGGUCUGGACUACAAGCAGGCCAGUCUAGUAUUUUACUAUGAAGCCACACUGUUGUAACACGUGCAGAAUGUGGCUUGGCAUUGUCUUGCUGAAAUAAGCAGGGGCGUCCAUGAAAAAGACAUCGCUUAGAUGGCAACAUAUGUUGCUCCAAAACCUGUAUGUACGUUUUUAGCAUUAAUGGUGCCUCCACAUAUGUUACCCAUGCCUUGGGCACUAAUACACCCCCAUACCAUCACAGAUGAUGGCUUUUCAACUUUGCGCCUAUAACAGUCCAGAUGGUUAUUUUCCCUCUUUGGUCCGGUGGACACAACAUCCACAGUUUCCAAAAACAAUUUGAAAUGUGGACUCAUCAGACCACAGAACACUUUUCCACUUUGCAUCAGUCCAUCUUAGAUAAGCUCGGGCCCAGCGAAGGAGGCGGCGUUUCUGGGUGUUGUUGAUAAAUGGCUUUGGCUUUGCAUAGUAGAGUUAUAACUUGCCCUUACAGAUAUAAAGACCAACUGUAGUUACUGACAGUGGUUUUCUGAAGUGUUACUCAGCCCAUGUGGUGAUAUCCUUUGCACACUGAUGUCAGUUUUUGAUGCAGUACAGCCUGAGGGAUCCAAGAUCACGGGCAUUCAGUGUUGAUUUUCGGCCUUGUCGCUUACGUGGAAUGAUUUCUCCAACUUCGCUGAGCCUUUUGAUGAUAUUAUGGACUGUCGAUGGUGACAUCCCUAAAUUCCUUGCAAUAGCUGGUUGAUAAAUGUUCUUCUUAAACAAUUUGCUCAGGCAUUUGUUCACAAAGUGGUGACCCUCACCCCAUCCUUGUUUGUGAAUGACUGAGUAUUUCAUGGAAGCUGCUUUUAUACCCAAUCAUGGCACCCACCUGUUACUUGUGGGAUGUUCCAAAUAAGUGUUUGAUGAGCAUUCUUCAACUUUCUCAGUCUUUUUGGCCACCCGUGCCAACUUUUUUGAAACAUGUUGCAGGCAUCAAAUUCCAAUUUAGUUAGUAUUUGCAAAAAAUACUACAGUUUUCCUGUUUGAACGUGAAGUACCUUUUCUUUGCAGUCUAUUCAAUUGAAUAUAAGUUGAAAGGGAUUUGCAAAUCAUUGUAGUUUUUUUAUUUGCGAUUUACACAACGGGCCAUCUUCACUGGUUUUGGGUUGUGUACUUCAGUGCCAUGGUACAUUCCACUUCUAGCAAAGCACAGAAGAACAUUUCACAUUUAUUCUUCUUCUUUUUUUUUUUACAUUUCAUGUCUUCGCUGCUAUCUCACCUUCUACCACGACGCCCUCGUAUAAGUCAACCCCAAGACUAUCUAGUUGGACAUUUUAAUGCAAAACAUUUUAUUAACUUCAGUUUUUAUUUGGCCGCUGAAAGUCAAAGUAGAAUUCAGUAAAGUUUUGUUUUCAUAAAGUAAUGUCUGUAUGGCAUUUUAUUACGCGUUUAUCUCUUUGAAAGAGUUUCAAGUUGACCGUUCCUAGUUGUAUUCAUUCCAAUGGGGGGGGGGGGAGUUAAAACCAGAGUUUGACGUGUUUUGGAAACAUCCAACAAAAUAUGUCACUUUUCUGCAUUUUUGUACCAAAUUCUGGCGAAAACCACCGACUCACUCACCCCGUAUCCCAGUAGCAGCUCAGCAAUAGAACCCUCGUAAAAGCGUUGUUAUUGAUUUGUGUUAUUACUGAAAUUAUAUUCUUUCUAAUGUGGAGCUUUCUGCCUCUAAAAGCUAUGAAAUAGCCUUCGCUCGUGUGCACCUGCCUGGUGUGCAGUCGCUCCUUCUUUCAACGGUACACAUGCUUUGUAAACAUUUUUUAUUGUGCGGAAUCAGGGUGGAGUGGCUGAGUAGGAGUGACCUUUAAUCAUAUUUGUGUGUGCACCGCCACACUUGUGUGCAAACCUGUCCACACUUGUGUGUAUACUUGUCCACGCUUGAGUGUAUACCUGUCCACGCUUGUGUACAUACUUGUCCACGCUUGUGUGUAUACCUGUCCACACUUGUGUGUAUACCUAUCCACACUUGUGUGUAUACUUGUCCACACUUGUGUGUAUACCUCUCCACACUUGUGUGUAUACCUGUCCACACUUGUGUGUAUACCUGUCCACACUUGUGUGUAUACCUGUCAACGCUUGUGUGUAUACCUGCCCACGCUUGUGUGUAUACCUGCCCACGCUUGUGUGCAAACCUGUCCACACUUGUGUGCAAACCGGUCCACAGUUGUGUGUAUACCUGUCCGCGCUUGUGUGUAUACCUGUCCACACUUGUGUGUAUACCUGUCCACGCUUGUGUGUAUACCUGUCCACGCUUGAGUGUAUACCUGUCCACACUUGUGUGUAUACCUGUCCACACUUGUGUGUAUACCUGUCCACGCUUGUGUGUAUACCUGUCCACACUUGUGUGUAUACCUGUCCACACUUGUGUGUAUACCUGUCCACGCUUGAGUGUAUACCUGUCCACCCUUGUGUGUAUACCUGUCCACACUUGUGUGUAUACCUGUCCACGCUUGUGUGUAUGCCUGUCCACGCUUGCGUGUAUACUUGUCCACACUUGUGUGUAUACCUGUCCACGCUUGUGUGCAUACGCCUCAUGACGCCUCACCUGACCAUGCCUGUGUAUACCUCAAAAUUGGGUGUAUACUUGACCGGGGGUGUGUGUGUACCUCACCAUACUUUUGUGUGUGCACGACAAUGGAUGUGCUUCACCUGACCACGGUUGUGCGCCACUUUACCGAGUUCUGUGUGCACUUAACCAUGGUAUUUCGCUUGUGUGUACACCUCCUUGUUGUGUGUACCUAAUCAUGGUUGUGCACCACCUGACCAUUAAUUUGUCCGUGGCACACCAUCUGUGUGUGUUUACUUAAUCAUGGUUGUGCACCACCUGUGUAUAUACCUGACCAUUGUGUGUAUACCUUACCAUGGUUGUACUUUACUUGGGCAUGACAGUGUAUACACUUGACCUUGUGUGUGUGUGUGUGUGUGUGUGUGUGUGUGUGUGUGUGUGUGUGUGUGUGUGUGGGUGUGUCCCUCGCCAUUUUGUAUCUCACAAUGGUUGUGUACUCCUCCCCGUUGCGCAUGUUUGUGUGUGUGUACGUACCUGUGACCUCACCAUGCUUGUGUACACUUUAAAGGCCUACUGAAAUGAGAUUUUCUUAUUUAAACGGGGAUAGCAGGUCCAUUCUAUGUGUCAUACUUGAUCAUUUCGCAAUAUUGCCAUAUUUUUGCUGAAAGGAUUUAGUAGAGAAAAUCGACGAUAAAGUUCGCAACUUUUGGUCGCUCUUAAAAAAGCCCCGCCUUUCCCGGAAGUAGUGCGCGGGACAUCACAGAUUGUCGGACUCCUCACAGCCACCCAUUGAUUACAAUCAUGGAUGCCAGCAGCGCGAGCGAUUCUGACCGAGAAAGCGACAAUUUCCCCAUUAAUUGGAGCGAGGAUGAAAGAUUCGUGUUUGAGGAUAUUGAUAGCAACGGACUAUAAAAAAAUUUUAAAAAGCGAACGCACCGGGCGACGGCAGUGUGGAUAAUUCUGGAAGAUCACGGUCGGUAUAGCGGCCGUGCCAGCAACUUGAGGGUUGCAGGUUCGAUUCCCGCUUUCGCCAUCCUAGUCACUGCCGUUGUGUCCUUGGGCAAGACACUUUACCCACCUGCUCCCAGUGCCACCCACACUGGUUUAAAUGUAACUUAGAUAUUGGGUUUCACUAUGUAAAGCGCUUCGAGUCACUAGAGAAAAGCGCUAUAUAAAUAUAAUUCACUUCACUUAUUGUUUUAAUAGUGUUUUUGUGAGAUUUUAAAGAUUGUAAAGUAAAGAUUGUAAAGACAUACCUCGAGGUCGGAUGGCUGCGUUGAACACACUUUAUCUCAGAGAGAAGCCAAGGAGCCAAGCUCACAGCUGCUGCAGAACGACGAAUAAUCCACGGAUGUCUUCGGUGAUAUAUAUCACAAUUUCCCCAUCCAAAAAAAAAAAAACGUAGAGAAAACAUGUUCGCUUGACCGCUCUGCUUUCACAACAAACAAAGAAACGCCGGCUGGGUCUCGGUGCUAAAGACAGCUGGAAUCCACCGCUUUCCACCAACAGCAUUGUUCUUUAAAGUCUCCAUUAUUAGAUGAACGAAUUGCAAAAGAUUCAGCAACACAGAUGUCCAAAAUACCGUAUAAUUAUGCGGUUAAAGCAGACGACUUUUAGCUGUGUGUGUGCGCAGCGCUAAUAUUUCCUCACAGUCCGUGACGUCACGUGUACACGUUAUCAUUCCGCGAUGUUUUCAACAAGAAACUCCCGGGAAAUUUAAAAUUGCAAUUUAGUAAACUAAAAAGGGCGUAUUGGCAUGUGUUGGAAUGUUAAUAUUUCAUCAUUGAUAUAUAAACUAUCAGACUGCGUGGUGGGUAGUAGUGGGUUUCAGUAGGCCUUUAACAUUGUGUUUGUGUACCUUGCCAUUUUGAGUGUAUCUCACGCCCAUUGUGUGCACGCUUUGCCAUUGUGUGUAUACUUAACCAUGGUCGUGUGUAUACCUGACUGUAGUGGUUUGCGUUCCUGUGUAGCUGACGAGCAUAGCAAGCUCCAGAGACCCCCUAGAAUGUUAAACCCUGCCUCGCCGGUCAACGACCUCGAGCGUGCCCUGACAUCUGGAAGAACAGCACUUGGCCCCGCCCACUCUCUGCCAGUCACCCUGGUGGCAUCAUGGGGUGGGGUUGGAGGCUUUGGCAGUUGAUGCAGGACGCUUCUUUCAGAGCCUUUCUUUGACCAAAAAAGUGCCUUAUGGAUUAGGAGGACGCAUGUGACGUUUCUACAUGAUUCUCUCGGUUGCCUAGGUGACCACGACGACAAUAGCGCUAUAGACACAGCAAUGUACUCGGACUGGUGAUAGGUGCACGGUAUAAUGAUGGACGCUCUGCUGCUGCAGCAGUGUGUGUGUGUGUGUGUGUGUGUGUGUGUGUGUCUGUUUGUGUGCGCCAAAUGGUUGGGGGGGUUCAUGAUAUGAUCAUUGAUGGAUCGCAAUAUCAAUAUCGCGUCUCGCCCCCGUUUGCCAAUAUGCUGAAAACAUUUCAUAGUGAUUUCUUUGGCAGUUUUGACGUGUGCUUGUUUCCUUUUGCGUGUCUGUGACGUGCGCUUUGUAGGCCCCUCCCCCACUCAACCCAAAAAAAACUGAUGUAAAAAGUAUCCAAUGUGAUUUGGACGUCCCAUAAAAACAUUCCUAAACGUGUCCCAAAAAGGGGGUUGUUCAUCUUCUGUAGAUCUGAGUGGGGCGGCAAAGUGUUCCAGUGGUGUUUUUUUAUUUUGUUCCUCCACAGCGCGUGUGAUGGAUGACCUCUACCUAUACUCCACAAAUGACCUUUCUUACUGCUGUGCAGUUGUUAUUUUGAUUUGUUUCUUAUAACGUAUCGAUCUUUGUAAAACAAUGUUGAAAUACUGUAUUCUGACUGUAUAAUCCUAUGCAUUGAGUCCUGGAAGAAAAUAAGAAAAGACAGAAAAAAAAUAA